AUGUCUCGAAAAAUAGAAAAAAUAAAGUAUUGUCCGGCAGGUCAUUCUUCUGAGGAUAUCGCUUAUUUUGACGGCCAAAAUUUCAUUCAUUCUGAUGGAAUAUGUUCUUUAUGCACUAAAGAACAUUUUAUCCAAGAAUUUAAAAAUUGGUCGAGUGAGAAUUCUAACAUUGAUGAGAUUAUACAAGAAUCUCAAAUAAAAAGUCUUUAUUCAAAGUUACAUUGGAUGCCUUAUGAUAAUUUUCUAAAUAUCGAACACAUCGCGGAUGGCCAUGGAUCUGUGUAUUCUGCCAAAUUAAAAAAUGGAAUAAAAAAGAAUUGGAAUUUUAUCAAACAGAAUUGGGAUUAUCGUUCAAUAGGCCGCGAAGUUGCUUUAAAAGAAAUAAAAGAUUCUAGAUAUGACAUAAUUGAAUUUCUGAAAGUGUUACAUCCUCAAUCACAUUAUGUUAGCCGAUAUAUUCAUACUCUUCAUGGAUUACAUGAUUUAUUGGAAGAAAUAAAGUCUGGAAAAUCUUCAGGUGUGUUCUUAGAACGAUUUUAA